UUUUAAAUUGUUUUCCUCUUCAAUUAUUGGAGCUAGAAACCAACGACCUAAAUAGUUAAGAACCAAGCAAUCGCUUAAUCCAUCGGAGUUGUCUUGUGAAAAUGGUGACGAUUCCAGUGGCACCCUUACCCACAACAGGCAAAACUAUUCCUCUUGUAGGCUUUCGCACUGCUGAAUUUCCGUUCAACUCAACUGACUCAGUAAAAGAAUCUGCUUUCCAUGCAAUUCAACUCGGCUACAGACAUUUUGAUACUGCUGCAAUCUACCGGAGGGAGAAAUCUCUUGGCGAAGCCAUAGCUGAAGCUUUACAGCUUGGCCUCGUCAAAUCACGCGAUGAGCUUUUCAUCACUUCAAAAUUGUGGAUCAGCGAUGCACACCACGACCUUGUCCUACCUGCAAUUAAAAACACUCUCAAGAAUCUUGGGUUGGAGUAUCUUGAUCUCUAUCUCAUUCAUUUUCCGGGAAGCUUGAAACCAGGAACAAGGUUUCCAUGUAAAACAGAAGAUAUUCUGCCGAUGGACUUAGAGUCUGUUUGGAAGGCCAUGGAGGAGUGUCAAAAGCUUGGUCUUACAAAAUCCAUAGGAGUCAGCAACUUUUCAUGCAAGAAGCUCGAGAAAUUACUGGCCACUGCUAAAAUCCCUCCUGCCGUCAAUCAAGUGGAAAUGCACCCAAUUUGGCAGCAGAAGAAGCUGAGAGACUUCUGUAACGAAAAUGGCGUCCACAUAACAGCUUACUCGCCAUUAGGAGGCCGAGGAAUCCGAGUCUUGGAGUGUGAAGUAUUGAAAGAGAUUGCAAGUACCAAAGGGAAGACAGUUGCUCAGGUUGCUCUCAGAUGGGUUUAUGAGCAAGGGGUCAGUAUAGAUGUGAAGAGCUUUAACAAAGAAAGAAUGGAAGAAAACCUUGAGAUAUUUGAUUGGAAGUUAAGUCUCAAAGAAGUUCAUAAGAUAGAGCAAAUUCCUCAGCAAAGAGGGAAUCUUUUUGAUUUAUUUGUAUCAGAAACUGGUCCUUUUAAGUCAAUCGAGGAUAUCUGGGAUGGAGAAUUAUAGGGUCAAUUGUUUACAUAAAUUUUGUUUGUAUGAUAAGAAUAAUGAUUUUAAUUUGUU